AUGUUAAGAUUUGAGGACAGAUCAUGAUGUUUAAUGUAUCUCUAUAUAUAUAUGAAUUAAACUUGAAGCACUAGACGAGCGAAUUGAAGAAAAUAUGCUCAGCUCUGAAACAUAAUUCAACGAACAAUUCCUAUUUAAUUACUUUGUGAGAGAAGUGAAAUAAACACAAUUUCACUUUUUGUUUUUUUUUUUAAACUCUGAUUUGGAGAAUCGGUCCGAAAUUUCUCUUAGACAUCUGGGCGAAGGAGAUGGCAACGGCAAGGAUUGGAUUGGCUCCUUGGUUCCACAAUAAGGUCAUCGAUCCUCUUUUCCAAAUCCUCCGCAGGGGUGCUGAGCCAAAGCAAUUGGCAUUCUCUGUUGCUCUUGGCAUUACCAUGGGAGUAUUUCCAAUUUGUGGGGUGACUGUGUUUCUAUCUGGGAUGGCUAUUGCAUUGCUUGGAUCUCGUUGCCAUGCCCCAAGUGUAAUGCUGGCAAACUUUAUUGCAACUCCGAUAGAGUUGAGCCUACUGGUACCCUUCUUACGCUUUGGUGAAAUUCUCUCUGGUGGGCCUCAAUUUCCGUUGACGGCUGAUGCUUUGAAGAAGAUUUUGACCGGCCAAGCCUCUUGGGAAGUCCUCUUAAGUGUCGCACAUGCGUUACUGGGAUGGCUUGUAGCGGCACCCUUUAUCCUGGCAACCCUCUAUGUAAUUCUUCUUCCUUGUUUCAAGCUCUUGGUUCACAAGUUUAGUUCCGUUCCUUCAAGCCCAAAGAAACAACCUAACUCACCCUCAGAUGUUAGGCUGAAGGAAAAUGAUGCAUUUCUUUCUAUUGCCCUGCAUUGUGGGAUGUACUCCUAUGUUGAAUCAUUUAUGUGGUUCUAAGUUGGACACAAGUUGAAGUUCACUUAUUA